UUUCGUACGUCAAUGAGCAGUAAAUAAAUAAAAAUUUUGAAAAAUUCAAGUGGUUGCACAAUGUCCAACCUUCAAGAUGUACCGCUCGCCGAACCCGAGAACCAGACACCCACAGAUCAGAAUACAACCGGACAUAAAUCCAAUUCGCUGAAACGUUUUUUCAAGUUAGGCAAAAAGUCAAAUUCCAGUCAAGACAUCAACGCAGAAGCCGGCGAGGUUACAGAGGAGGAGGCUAACAAGGAUCCAGCCAAGCCCGGCAGCAUAAGUCGUUUCUUGACACGCUUAAAGGGCACAUCCAAGACAGGGAAUUUAGGUGAUUUGACCAUUACAGAGCCCGGUGAGUCCACAUCCAGUUCACCAACAGCCGUGGAGGUGGCAGUCGAAAGACCAGUGCCAAAUGCUAAGCCCACAUUGAAGACCUCUAUAUCGAGCUAUUGGAAGGUGCUUUUCCAUCGCCAAAAGGCAGCCAAUCGUCAGGGUGCGGAAUCUGAACAGGAGCCAGCGGCAACGGCAACGGAACAAUCGGUGGAUAGUCAUGGAAUGCAGCAGGUACAGCAGGAGCAACAAACUGAUCCGAUUAAGGUGGAAGAUGCAUCCACAGUCACACCGGCAACAUCGCGUCACGAUCUCAAGGCAUCAGCAACAAAAACAGUAGUGCCACAAAAGUUGGGUGACCUUCAGCCGGGAAACUGCAUACCCCAAAUACUUGAGGAAGUUCAAGUUCUUACAAUCUCCGACGAGAUUGUCGAUCCAUCGCUUGACGAAACCGUUCAAAAUUAGGUUGAAAUAUUAGGACGCAAUCUAUCUGGAAACCUGGAAAAAUUUAGUUGAUGUUAUUCAAUUUAUAAAAGCCUGCCAGCCUUCUGCCCUUCUGCCACUGCCUACAUGUUUAAUUGAAGAUAUCAGUGUAUUUAUACGCGCAAUCUAUACAAUAUAUUCUUACACACAUAAACACAUACAAUGACGUAACACUUGCACACUAGUUCACCUGCAGUUCAGCUUUAAAUCAAAUCCCGAAUGUUGAAUAAAGCAUUUACCAAGUUAGUAC